AUGAAUCACUCCAUGAGGCUAUCCAUGUUCAAUGAGUAUAGCAAGCUUAAGUUCCUUGCCAUUGCCGAGACAAGAUUUGCCUCUGCUGUUGUGAUGAUGAAGAGGUUUGUGGCUAUAAAAGAUGCUCUUUCAGUGAUGGUAGUGAGUGAAAAGUGGACUGCCUACAGGGAGGAUAAUCCUGGUCUGGCUCAAUUUGUGAAGGACAAGAUUGUGAAUGAUGUGUGGUGGGAUAAGGUGCACUAUUUCCUCAGUUUCACUGAUCCUAUCUAUUCUAUGGUGUGGGCAGCUGAUACUGACAAGCCAUGCCUCCACUUGAUAUAUGAAAUGUGGGACACAAUGAUAGAGAAGGUGAAGAAUGUGAUAUAUCGUUAUGAAGGGAAAGAGCCACAUGAAGAAUCCACCUUUUACUCAGCUGUGCAAGACAUCUUGGUGAGCCGUUGGACAAAAAGCAAUACCCCCUUGCACUGCUUGGCACACUCACUAAAUCCCAAGUACUACACUGAAGCAUGGAUCAGUGAGGUUCCAAACCGACAAGCCCCCCACAAUGAUGAGCAGAUUUCAGAAAUGAGAAAUGCUUGUUUCAGGAGGAAUUUUUCUGGUGAGGAAUUAAAAAGGGUCAAGCAACAAUAUGCUACUUUCUCUUUGUUUGGACCUGGAUUCAAUUCAUUUGAUUCACUUGAGGAUAGAACUUAUAUGGAUCCAAAGCAAUGGUGGGGAAUUCAUGGUCAUUCUGCUCCAGAACUGAAGAAGUUGGCAUUUAGAUUACUUGGCCAGCCAACAUCAUCUUCUUGUGCUGAGAGAAAUUGGAGUACCUAUGGGCUGAUUCAUAGUUCCUUGAGAAGCAGAACUUGCGUCUUCUUUCUAGAAAAAAAUGAGGAAUACAACCAUGGUCCAUCAGCAAUGUGGGAUAUUGGAGCUGAUACUUUUGAAGCUGAUUUUGAGGGCGGUACUAAUUUCCUUGAGCAUGCUGAUCAGUCACUUGAUGAGCUAGACCUUGAAAGAGUUCUUGAAGAUCUUGGGGCACUGGGUCUGACUGAAGAUGUUGGAUCAAGUGACUGA